AUGACGAUCCAAUUCAUUUCCAUCAUCAUCAUCAUUCUAAUCUUGUUCACGACAUCAUCCUUCCAUGCCACCACCACCUCCUCAUCAUCCACACUCAUUCAUCAAAUUACAACCAAACAAGAAUAUCAAUCUCUUCUCAAAGAAUAUCGUUCCACUCAUCACAUCAUUACUCUUGCAACAUUUACCAAAGAACAAGAAACAUCUCAUAAAUGUCUUCAUUGUAAACUCUAUCGAGAUUUACUUGUGAAAUAUGUUGAAUCAUUUCCAAAAGAUAUCAAAGGAAUACUUGUUGAAUUUACACCUCAAUCUCAACAAUUUUUAAUUGAAACAUUACAAUUGACUCAUUUACCAAGUAUUAAUAUUCAAUCUAAAUUUAAUGAUUUAAAACCUUUGGAUUGCAAUUUGAGAGAAACACAAAUGUGGGAUUGUGUUAAAAUGGCACUCAAAGAUGAUGAAGAAUUGAGUUCGGAAUUGAAAGAUUUUAUUGAUCUUGAAUAUGUGAAGGAAUUGUAUACCAAAUAUCAAUCUGAAUUGGAAGUGGGUGAUUCUGGUGGUAAUGGUGGUAGUGGUGGUAGUGGUGGUACUUCUACUAGUAGUAGUAGUACUGCAUCUCUCUUUUCCAUGCUCUCUUCAUUUUCCAAAAUAUUUUUAAUUGGUUUUGUUAUUGCUGGAUUUAUUAUUGGUGUUUCAACAUUACAAGGUUUAUUACCAUUUGGAAAAUAUGCUCUAUUCAUGUUAUGUAUAUUUAUUUAUAUUGUUUGUAUGGCUGGAACUGUAUUUAAUGCAAUUCAAAAUCCUCCACCUUAUCAAUUUAAUCCCUAUGAAAAAUCCAUUACAUUUUUCUAUCCAUCCAUGAGAAUGUCUUUUGCAUUGGAAGGAUAUUUUGCAAUGAUUGUCAUGGUAGUGUCAGCUUUUUAUUUUAUUGCCAUUCCUUAUAGUGGUCAAGAAUUAAGAAUGAAGAAUGCAAAACAGGGUGGUGAGUCUUCUAUUGCUACUACUUCUAUUGCUACUACAGCAACAACAACAACAACAGCGACUACUACUACUCGAACGAGUUCUUCUACAAAGGAUGGUACACUCUCUCGGAAUAAGCGAAAUGAUAAAAAAAAGAAUACUCCAGUCACUGCUAGUAGUAGUACCAGCUCCAACACAGGUCUUGUUGAAACCACAGAACCAGUCGAUGAAGAAUCUGAAAAAUCCAACAUGGAAUCAAAUACUACUACCAACUAUUAUUGGCAAAUUAUCAAAAGAACAUUCUUUAUUUGGGGAUUCUUUUUCACUUUUUGGGCUGCCAUGAUCUUUUUCAUGAUCAAAACUAGUUUUUAUCUAUCAGAGACUCCGUAUCAUUUCAUUGUUCAAUUAUUGUUAGAAAUUUUUAACAAGUAA